AUGGCGACCGACCUAGGCUCCGGCGAGCCCACGCGCAACAUGUCCGCGGGCCGCUACAUAGCAACGCGCAUCCCAACCCUCAAGCCGGCCAUGGCGCACGUCCCGAACCCGAUUCGGCUGCUCGCGCUGCUCAAUUUCCAGCAAUGGAUGUUCUUCCUGGUGGCCUUCAUCGCAUGGUCGUGGGACGCGUUCGACUUCUUCACCGUGUCGCUGACGGUCGAGGACCUAGCCGAGACGUUCGGCAAGACUAAGACGGACAUCACGUGGGGCAUCACGCUGGUGCUGAUGCUUCGAUCGGUGGGCAGUAUUAUCUUUGGGCUCGCGGCGGAUCGCUGGGGCCGCAAGUGGCCGUUUGUGGUGAACAAUGUGCUGUUUAUUGUGCUGGAGUUGGCGACGGGGUUUUGCGAUACGUAUGAGAGCUUUCUGGGCGUGAGGGCGCUUUUUGGGAUUGCGAUGGGCGGGUUGUAUGGGAAUGCUGCGGCGACGGCCCUCGAAGACUGCCCCGAAGAAGCGCGCGGCCUAAUCUCGGGCAUGCUCCAACAAGGCUACGCCUUCGGCUACCUGCUCGCCACCGUCUUCGCGCGCGCCUUCGUCGACACCGUCGGCCACGGCUGGCGACCUCUAUUCUGGUUCGGCGCCGGCCCGCCCGUCCUCAUCAUCGUCUUCCGGCUCUGCCUCCCGGAGACGCAGGCCUACCGCGAGCGCCAGCGCAUCCGCGAAGAGACGCCCAACGCGGCGAAGAUCUUCCUGCAAGAGGGCCGAGUCGCGCUGAAGAACCACUGGCUGCUGCUCAUCUACAUGGUGCUGCUGAUGGCGGGGUUCAACUUCAUGAGCCACGGCAGCCAGGAUCUGUAUCCGACGAUGCUGACGAACCAGUACAAUUUCAGCGCCGAUGCCGUGACCGUCACGCAGGUCGUUGCGAACCUCGGCGCCAUGACCGGCGGCACGCUCGUCGGGUACUCGUCGUCUAUCUUCGGGCGCCGGUUCAGCAUUAUCUUUAUCUCCGUCGUGGGCGGCGUGCUGCUGUAUCCGUAUACGUUUACGGGCAGCAAGAGCGUCAUCGCCGCGGCCUUCUUCGAGCAGUUCUGCGUCCAGGGCGCGUGGGGCGUCAUUCCGAUCCACUUGAUGGAGCUUUCGCCAGGCAGCUUCAGGACCUUUGUCGUCGGCACCUCGUACCAACUCGGUAACCUCGUCUCCUCGGCAUCGUCAACCAUCGAAUCCACGAUCGGCGAGCGGUUCCCGCUGCCGCCCAAGGGCUCCGUCAAGCGGUACGAGUACGGCAAGGUGAUCUGCAUUUUCAUGGGCUGCGUGUAUGCGUACGUUAUUCUCCUGACGCUCAUCGGGCCGGAGUAUCGGGGCAGGCACUUCGAUGUGGCGCAUGAUGACGAUAUGGCGGAGGUAACGCAUAUGGAUAAAGCGCAUCUUGGCCAUAUGGUCGAGGGUGGGCAUGGGAAUGAGCAGGAGAGCGACGCGGAGAAGGGGCGGAGUAAGAGUGUGGAGGAUAUUGGGAGGGCGUGA